UGCCUCUGCCAGGCUGUCUGAGCCUGUCUCAGUCUGGCCGGGCAGGGUUUGCAGAUUGUUGAGCAGAUUGCAGGCUGUCGGUUGUUGCCAUGUCGGUGAACAUUGUCUCCGUUCAGUGCGAAAUGGUUUCUUCUUGAAAGCCCUCAAGCUUUGACUUCAAGUUCAAGGAGAGCUCUCGAAAUUUUGCCGGAUGGCAGCUCUGAACCAGCUGGAGCUGCUGAACAGGCAAAGUGCCCGUUUGAGACGAGGAGCCGGCAAGGGAAACCUUUUUCCCCAGCUUGCAGUUGAUUACAUCGUAGACAGGAAAGCUUUGAGAAGGAUCGGCUGGGCACAGCAAGGAUCUGUCAAACGGGUUAGUGAUCCAGGCUGCAUUUGCAAUGCUACACACUGGAGGAGUUUCUGAAGCAUGUAGAUAGUGACAUCUGGCAGCAAAUUCUAACGAAAGCUGAGUGUGUACACGUGACACGACGAUAUCAAGAAUCGCUUUUGUUCAAAGGCAGGGGCUCCAUUAUCACAAUAAACCCCAACAUCUGUCGCACUCCGCAUAAAGUAUCUUCCAAACCACCGUGUUUUUCCCUGAACAACCAUGGUUCCUAAAGUAAGCAUCGCAGCUUUGAUUCUUGUCCUCGUCACAAGUCUCUUUGGCCCAGCAAGCACGUUGCCAAACCGGGAGCUCCUAGCCGACGUUAGCUUCCCCACGGGCAGCGCACCCAGUCUCCUCUCCACCAACGCUUUCCAGUCUGCAUCGGGACCUCCCUACUCUCUCUACCCCAGUGUCCCCGCAUUGUUUUCCUUCGGUGAUGGGGGCCAAGAUGUUGGAAACGUGCUUUACCUGGGACAUGACAACUCAACCAAGCAUUACCCCUUUGGGACCAGCUUCUACAACCUGACGGGGCGGUUCAGCGACGGCCGCGUUUUUGCAGAUUUCUUCGCGCAAGCAUUGGGCCUGCCUUUCCUGACGCCCAGCCUCACGCCGAACGGAAACUUUUACCAAGGCGCCAGCUUUGCCUCUGCCUCCAGCGGCCGUUUCAAUGACACCGGGGACUCGGACGGCUUCCGAGGGAUCCCUCUCCUCAAGCAGGUCGACAACUUUAUCCAGUUCCAAGCAGAUGCGAGAGCCUACUGGGCAGGUUUCAACUCGACCUACCCCCCCGAAAGGAUCCCCCGUUACCCGAUGCCGGAGUUUUUCAGCCGGGCGAUUUACAUGGUCCAGUCAGGGGGAAACGACCUUCUGAAUUUCAGGAAUCAGGGCUUGACACCAGCGGACAUCCCUGCUUUCGCUACAAACAUGACGGCCGUCUACGAAACUUUCGUGCGGGCGCUUUAUGCAACGGGAGCCCGCAAGUUCUUCAUCAUGAACAUCGGCCUCUUUGGCUGCACCCCACUCUCCAUACGCAACAACAACGGUUCCUGCGGGGUUCUUACCAACGCGCUCUGUUCGAACAUCGUCAACCAGACGACGGCGCUCAACUCUCGGCUGUCGACACAGCUCCUCAACUCCAGCUUCGUCCAGGGGGACUUUUACCAGUUUAAUCUGGACGUUUUCAACAACCCGGCCGCGUUUGGGGUGGUAAACGCAACUGGGGCGUGUUGCGGGUCAACUACGUUAUCGUGCCCUCAGUUGGCGCUCGCGCUUGCGAACACCACGGCCCCCUACAACGGGCCCGUGCCUCUCUGUCCGAAUCCAAAGGAGUACCUCUACUGGGACACGACACACAUGUCAGAGUCGAUGACCCGAAUCCUAGCUCACGACAUCUUUGGAGGGUCCAAGUACGGGAAGCCAAAGAACAUGUUGCAGACCUUCAUUCUUCCCGACUUGCUAAAUCUCCAGUAAUCAACACGCUCGGUCUCACAUAAUCGCCUUACGAAGGCGUGCAACCAAACAAGUGGUGUCGCCGCGUUGACUGAUUGGUUGCAAGUCAUGCACAUAGUGUCAAGCGUAGUGAGUAUAACUUGUGUCGGGCGGUAAGAAACAUGAGUCAAGCAGAAAGGUUGUCUAAAUAUUUGAAAGGGGUGAAGGUGGGUGUUAAGAAAGGCACGCUAGAUAUCGAUCGGUGGUAUUAUUAGCGAGGUCAGGCAAAUCUUCCGUAGUAGAGCGGCCACUUUGCGCGUGCUGCGCCUAAUUCCUCAGCAAGUUGAUAGUAUACUAACUUAAGACGGUUGCAUGUAGUAAGCCUGGUGAACCCUGAUGUUGCGUGCGCUUCAUGCAAGAUCUACAUGUUGGAACAUGGUCGAUUGCAUUUCGAAAUACAUGUUGGGCUUG